AUGAUGUCUGAGUCCUUGUGGACAGCGCUCUCCAAUUUCUCUAUGCCCGAUUUCCUUGACAGCAACAUGUUUCGCCGCACGAAAAGCUGCCGAACCAGCAACAGAAAAAGCCUGAUCCUGACAAGUACAUCACCAACACUGCCACGACCUCACUCUCCACUCCCAGGUCAUAUUGGAAGCAGCCCCCUUGACAGUCCUCGGAAUUUCUCCCCCAACACACCAGCCCAUUUUUCCUUCGCUUCUUCCCGCAGGGCAGAUGGACGGCGAUGGUCUUUGGCUUCCUUACCAUCAUCUGGAUAUGGAACCAACACUCCAAGUUCUACAGUAUCAUCGUCCUGCUCCUCCCAAGAGCGCCUUCAUCAGCUGCCUUAUCAGCCAACUAUGGAUGAGCUACACUUCCUGUCCAAGCAUUUUGGAAGCACCGAGAGUAUAACCGAUGAUGACGGGGGGCGGCGGUCUCCCGCAGUACGGCCUCGGUCCCGGAGCCUCAGCCCGGGCCGGUCUCCAUCCUCCUAUGAUAAUGAGAUAGUCAUGAUGAAUCAUGUUUACAAGGAACGAUUCCCCAAGGCCACAGCGCAGAUGGAAGAGAAGCUACAAGAUUUCAUCAAAUCUUACGAGCCAGACAGUGUAUUGCCUUUGGCUGAUGGGGCGCUCAGUUUCAUCCACCACCAAGUCAUUGAGCUGGCACGAGACUGCUUAGCCAAGUCCCAGGAGGGUCUCAUCACUACGGUCUAUUUCUAUGAGUUGCAAGAGAACAUGGAGAAGCUCUUGAAAGAUGCUUAUGAACGUUCUGAAAGUGAAGAGGUGACCUUUGUCACUCAACUGGUGAAGAAGCUACUCAUCAUCAUCUCCCGUCCGGCUCGCCUACUAGAAUGCCUGGAGUUUAACCCUGAGGAGUUUUACCACUUGCUGGAAGCAGCUGAGGACCAUGCCAAAGAGGGACAUUUGGUGAAGACAGAUAUUCCUCGUUACAUCAUAAGCCAGUUGGGACUGACUCGAGACCCAUUUCCAGAUGUGCUGUAUGUGGAGGAGCACGAUAGUGGAGGAUCCAACACACCUGAGACAGAGGAGUUCACCGAGAGCCGUGGGACUACUCCAAAGCCAAAGAAGCCGCCAGGAGAAGGAGACUUUGAAACUAUUAAACUUAUAAGCAACGGGGCCUACGGAGCGGUGUAUUUGGUGCGACAUAAAGAGACCCGCCAGCGCUUUGCCAUGAAGAAAAUUAAUAAGCAGAACCUCAUCCUGCGCAAUCAGAUCCAACAAGCCUUUGUGGAGCGUGACAUUCUGACUUUUGCAGAGAACCCCUUCGUGGUCAGCAUGUUCUGCUCUUUUGAAACUAAGCGGUACCUCUGCAUGGUCAUGGAGUAUGUUGAAGGUGGGGAUUGUGCAACGUUGUUGAAGAACAUUGGGGCUCUGCCUGUAGAAAUGGCCCGCAUGUAUUUUGCUGAAACUGUCUUGGCCCUGGAGUACCUGCAUAACUAUGGCAUCGUCCAUCGUGACCUCAAGCCUGACAACCUACUUAUCACUUCCAUGGGACAUAUCAAGCUGACGGAUUUUGGUCUUUCCAAGAUGGGGCUGAUGAGCCUUACCACAAACCUGUAUGAAGGUCAUAUUGAGAAGGAUGCCAGGGAGUUUCUAGACAAACAGGUGUGUGGGACCCCGGAAUACAUUGCACCCGAGGUGAUCCUUCGCCAAGGUUACGGGAAGCCCGUGGACUGGUGGGCCAUGGGCAUCAUCCUCUAUGAAUUCCUGGUGGGCUGUGUACCGUUCUUUGGAGACACUCCUGAAGAGCUCUUUGGCCAAGUCAUCACUGAUGACAUCUUGUGGCCAGAAGGAGAGGAGGCGCUCCCUUCAGAUGCUCAGCAUCUGAUUUCUUGCCUCCUGCAAACCAAUCCUCUCCUCCGCCUGGGAGCAGGUGGCGCCUAUGAAGUGAAACAGCAUGCGUUUUUCAAAGAACUAGAUUGGAAUGGGCUUCUGAGGCAGAAAGCUGAGUUCAUUCCUCACCUGGAAUCCGAGGAAGACACCAGCUAUUUUGACACCCGCUCUGAUCGUUACCACCACAUUAAUUCCUACGAUGAUGAAGAUACGACCGAAGAUGAACCAGUGGAGAUACGCCAGUUUUCAUCUUGUUCUCCCAGAUUCAGCAAGGUGUACAGCAGUAUGGAGCACCUCUCCCAGCAUGAGCAAAAGACUUCAGGUGUCACCAAGAGGGAUCAGAGCAACAAACACAAGGACGACCGGCUUAGCAAACGGGAAAGCCUCGGUAGCUUCACGCUUCGGGACAAGAGCUGGCGCACCAGCUCUCCAGAAAUGAAGCAACUCUCAGCCUCGGAGUCAUCCUACACCGAGAGCGAUUCGAGUCCCCCACUGGGAGCCCGACGCCGUUUCUCUGCCCUGAUGGACACCAACCGUUUUGCUGUGCCGUUGGAAAGUGACAACGAGGUCCCCGGCAAGGGGCCGUUGAAGGCUCCUGCAGAAAAUGGGCCUGUAGGACCCACCCCUCAGUCUGAAGGCAAGGAGAGCAAGGAAGGAGCAGGAGACGUUGCACAGGGUUCUGCUCCUGUGGAGACUGAGGCUGGCGAUAAAUCAAAAGCGGGUGAGCUACAGCCCCCCAAAGAGCUGGACCCAUCUGCCCCCAGAGCUACCAAUGACUUGGUGCUGCGUCGGGCCCGGCACCAACAGUUCUCAGGGGACACCGCCACGGCUGAGAAGCGCAGCUCCCGCACAGGGGGCAAGGUCAUCAAAUCUGCCUCAGCUACUGCAUUGUCGGUCAUAAUCCCCACAGUGGAGCAACACAGCAGCUCACCACUGGCCAGCCCAAUGUCUCCCCGGUCACUCUCCUCUAACCCUUCAUCCCGAGAUUCCUCCCCAUCCCGAGACUACUCUCCUGCGGUCACCAGCUUGCGGUCACCAAUCACUAUCCAACGGUCAGGCAAGAAGUAUGGCUUCACGCUGCGCGCCAUCCGUGUGUAUCUGGGGGACAGCGACGUCUACAGCGUGGAUCACAUUGUCUGGCAUGUGGAGGAAGGGGGUCCAGCCCACGAGGCAGGUCUGUGUGCAGGGGACCUCAUUACUCAUGUCAAUGGAGAGCCAGUACAUGGUCUGGUGCACACUGAGGUGGUGGAACUCAUCCUGAAGAGUGGAAAUAAGGUGAUGGUGACUACUACGCCCUUUGAGAACACUUCCAUCCGGAUUGGACCAGCCCGCAAGAGCAGCUACAAGUCCAAAAUGGCUAGAAGAAACAAGAGGAGCACCAGCAAAGAAGGGCAGGAGAGCAAGAAGCGCAGCUCCUUGUUCCGCAAGAUCACCAAGCAGUCAAAUUUGCUGCACACCAGCCGUAGCUUAUCAUCCUUGAAUCGCUCCUUAUCCUCCAGCGAUAGUUUGCCUGGCUCACCCACCCAUGGGUUGGGUGCCCGUUCACCCACCCAGAGCCUGCGGUCGACUCCUGACUCUGCAUACCUAGGUGCCUCUUCUCAGAGCAGUUCCCCAGCCUCCAGUACACCCAAUUCCCCCGCCACCACAUCCCACCACAUGCGUCCCAGCACUCUGCAUGGCCUAUCUCCCAAACUGCAUCGCCAGUACCGUUCGGCCCGCUGCAAGUCAGCUGGAAACAUUCCCCUCUCCCCCCUGGCGCAUACGCCCUCACCUACACAAUCUUCACCGCCACCACUUCCCGGCCAUACCGUGGGCAGCUCCAACACCACCCAGAGCUUUCCCGCCAAGCUUCAUUCUUCACCACCGGUGGUACGGCCACGCCCCAAGAGCGCAGAGCCCCCCCGUUCCCCCCUUUUGAAGCGGGUGCAAUCAGCGGAAAAACUGGGCUCUCUCUUAAGCGCGGAGAAGAAGGUGGUGGUGAGAAAGCAUAGCCUGGAAGUGGUGCACUCUGAGUACCGCAAAGACUUCUACGGGGAGCCUGGCCUUCACAGCCUAGCUGAGUCAGAUGGGGAAAGUCCCAGUGAAUCUGGCGCUCCGAAGCCCUUGGCCACCCGGCGCCUGGGACGGCAGGAAUCCCCCCUUAGUUUUGGGGUCGGAGAUGGAGAGGCAACUUCGGAGACCAAUGCCAAAACAAGGGGGCCGGAUGCUGUCCCUGGGGAUUGCAGGAGGAGCCAAGCUGUGCAGACCGAGGAGGCGUUUGUAGCAGCAAACCGAGCCCUGACUAAAGCCCUGAGCCCUGUCCAAGAGCACGAGCAAGGCAGGAAAGGCAGCCUGGAGGCAGAUGUGAUCCCACGGGGCCCUGUCCCAAUCGUGUUGGAACCGAAGGAGAUCCAAGAUCCUGGCCCUCCAGGAAAAGCCCCCGUGCAAGACAAGACGGGCUCGCCCAAGGAGAAGUGGAUCUUGGAGGUCGUGGAAGAGCACACCAUGUUGGGGACCUGUGUCAAAAAACCCAGUUGCCUCUGCCCAGAGGAAACCAAGAACGGACUGAAGCGAAGCUCGGCCGAAGCGAAGGGAAAACGGGGGAAAGAAGAGCUUCCUGUCUUGGCAUCGGGGAGCAAGUGUGCAGGAGACACGCCCCCACCCCCAGCUCCCACCCUGGAGAAGAAAGGGGCUGCUCACUGAACCAGAGGACAGUUGAUUUUUCUCACCCUUCUGCCCCGCACUCCCCCCCGCCCCCAGGACCAUACUAGUAGAACACCAAUGUCGUCUUUGCCUUCACGGUGAUGGCAGCGGUAAGGUAGCUAAGCUCUAUUCCCAACAGAGCUGGAAGGGGGCGCUCUUUACGCGCUCUGUGACGACAAAGAGCAGCGGUAAUAGCGCCUCCCGGCCUCAGCCAUCCCUUCGCGAAUGGCACGUCUGCUCAUAAGCCUUGUAAAGUACCUAUACAUAUC